AACAUGCGUUAACAGAAACAAGACGUUGAAUGAACGACACCUAGAGCAGUAUUUCUCUAGGCCACCAACGUGUAAUCUUAGAUAAAAAAUAUCCUUCAAAAUGACAAGAGGACGAAAUAAUUUUCGAGGAAGGGGAAGGGGGCGUGGCCGUGGCCGUGGUGGCGGCCGGCGUGGUCGUGGGGUUAGCAGAAGACGAAUGGGGAGGGGACUUCAAACGAAUCCCGACACAGAAACGAAAGCCCCAGUUGAAGUGAACUUGGAGACAAACCCACAGGGAUAUUUCACGUCUAAUGUCACUGUGGAGCAACAUUACAAUGGACAGAAUGAGAACCGAGUGCGGUAUGCAGCGACAAUGGCAGUAUUACAGGAAAGCGGUGUUGAAGUAGCACAAAAUGCCCGAAUUCGAGCACUUGCCACAGCCUGGGCAAGGAAAGAUUUCCAGCUGGCUGAGUCUUUCCUACAGAACAGGGAAAACUUUGGUCUCAAUGAAGUCUUGAAGGCCCUACAGCUCUUGGAUGCUGGACGUCAGGCCAGAGUGCUGGAAAAAAAGAUGAAAAUGCUGCAGGUGUCCAAAAACAAGGUCAAACCGAAAACAAUGGGGAAACUCAAAUCAGACAUCGAUAAUCUUAACAGGAUGAAAUCACCGUAUGGGUCAGCUAGUGGUGCCGUCUGCAAACACAUCAGGAGGUGGGUCCAGCAUUUUACUGCAAAAGAACUGGAGUUUUACGCCAUUCAUUUUCCCAAAGAUCCCUGGAAGAAGCUAGCAGACAUCUGCCACUUUCAUCCACAGAAGGAUUUUCCCUCUCUGGAGUGGUUCCUUCCUUACUGCUAUGGACAGGGGGCGCCACCUGAGACCACUGUGGGUCGUAUGGUGACAAUGACAGCAGAGAACGUGAAUGAAAUGUUGGAGGACCUGUCCAUUCCGUAUCUGUCCGUGAAAUCACAUAAAGAUAAGCUGACCAGCGCCUCCAAAGGCCACAUAGCAGACCGGGAGGACAAACUGGAUACCAUCCUUUGGUGGUAUGAGGAACUGGCCUGCAAGGAAGUGGACGAUGCAAUACAGAGGAGGUUAGAGAAUGGUGACCCUGUGACCCUACCAAUCGGUAAACUCCUGGAAAGACUGCUAGUAUUCAAAAGGCUGUUUGAUGGCAGCUCUGAUGAGGACAGGAAGGCGAAGUUCUACGGAGACCUUCUGAAGAUUGCUGAGGACAGGCUUAAACAAAUCAAACUCCCCCUUGAGUCCCCCGUCCUGGUGAUGGGUGAUGCCUCCUCCUCCAUGUCUGUGGCGGUGAAAACCAGUACCAUCAUCGCGGGAAUUCUGACAGCCAUUACCUCCGCUAAACUCUCCUUUUUCAACAACACUCACAAAGAGCCAGAUAAAGUACCGACAAAUGUCGAGGAGGUGUUACAGCUAGCUUUGAAUACCCCUGCUUCAGGAUGCACAGCUAAUGCUGCCAGUUUGUAUCCUUUCUAUGAGCGGAAGGAGGUCUUAAAGACAUUGAUCAUGGUCACAGAUGAGGAAGAAAAUACGGCAUUCCAGAGUUUCAGAUUCAAAGAGUUGUACACCAAGUACUGUGAGGAAGUUUUCCCAGCCAAGCUGGUGUUUGUGUCCUUCCUACACAGCCAGCACGCCAGGGGUCAGAUGGUCACCGAGUUCAAGGCCGACGGAACGGAAGUCAUGCAGUUUGUGUUCCACCGAUCACAACCAGAUCUGACAAAACUAGACAAGUUGUUUGGACUGCUGUCAGCAGAGACCCAGACUUUUGAGGACCAGAUUAAAAUGACAGAGGAACGAAUUAAGACAGAGGGCGUGUCCAAGGUGUUCGAAGGACUAAAAAUUAACUAAGGGCAACAACGCUCUGUCUGACGUGCAAUAACGUUAUGCAUGGAGAGUGUUAGAGAAUAUUGUAGAGUAUCUGGGAUGUAACUAUUGCUGAAAACUAGGUUUAUAUGAGAUUUGUGAUAUAUUGUAAAUAGUACAUGUACUUAUUCAACUGAUUAUGGACUUCAUUUCUGCUGUUUUAUGUGACAAUGAGGUUACUUUGUGAUUUGUGAUAUAUUUUAAAUAGUACAUGUACCGGUACUUAUUUAACUGAUUAUGGACUUCAUUUCUUUGAUAUGCUGUUUUUUUAUGUUGUUACAUGUUUUUGUAUGAUACUCAUAAUUUAUGAUCAUGUUGAACACCUAUAUUAGGUCAUAAUAUGUGUAUAAUUUACAAUAUUGUUAUUUUUU